UAUUCCAACUCUAAUUGUUGAAAAAGACGCAGUUAAUUUUGCAGCCAAAAGUGAAGUAUACAUUAUGAGAAAAGCACCGUUUCUUAGGACAUCGUUUAUUAGACUUUGAGUGCGCGCGAGUUCAGUGCACUUGCGAGACUUCUAUUUCAGUUUCACUUUUGCAGCCGAAUCAGGAAACAAAAGCGGCGUAUACGAUCACACGAACCCGUGAAGUUUAAGAUCAUGUAAACAAUCGAAGCAGGUGUGACGACUAUGGAAAACCGAAAUGAUGAGAAUGCUGUAAACCACUCGACAACUCUGACAAACAAACAGCGGGGGAAUGAAGUCACAGUCCGACCCGCCACUUUAGACAACCUCUCAAUUCAUCAGCUGGCAGCCCAUGGAGAGAUUUCACAACUGGAAUUACAUUUAUCCAAAGACAGCUCUCUACUUAACUGUCAGGAUGAGCGAGGUUUCACACCACUAAUGUGGGCUGCUGCUUUUGGAGAGAUAAUGAUGGUGGAGUUCCUCCUUCAGAAGGGAGCCGAUCCGAGAACACUUGCUAGAGAACGAGAAAGUGCCUUGUCUUUGGCCAGCGCCGGAGGAUUUGCAGAUAUUGUUAAUGUUCUCCUACAAAACGGUGUCGAUAUUGAUUCCUAUGACUGGAACGGUGGGACCCCUCUUCUGUAUGCAGUACGUGGGAAUCACACGAAAUGUGUCGAAGCUCUCUUGAGAUGCGGGGCGGAUAUCACGUUUGAGGCAGACUCCGGCUACAGUCCUGUUGCUCUCGCUGUUGCAUUGGGCCACAAAAAAGUGCAAAAACUGCUUGAAGAUCACGUUUUGAAGCUCUUUCGGGAACCGGUUUCUGUGUCUGGAAACACAUGAAGCAGAGGGCCGCUCGUACUAGACCUUAUAAUAAUCUUGCGUAUAUUUUAUAGCUUUAUUUUGACACGAGAGAUGUAACAAACAAUCAGUUUUUCUAUCGUUUUUAAUUAAAAACACUUUUUUUUACAAA